CAACGCACAUGGAUGGGCUGAAUGUUUUUCUCAUUGUUUUCUUGGGAGUUGUUUCUCGCGGUCAUGAUUGGAUCUCUGGAUCAGAGUUGGAGGUGACAGUCACACCAGGAGACAACAUUACUCUCUACUGUGACUGCAAAACAUCCAGUGGAGAAUACAUAGUUUGGUUUAAGAACUGUUCUCAUGAGUACCAACCAUCUCUUGUUCUGAGAACAAGAUAUGUCUAUCGUGCAUUAUAUCUUGUUGACACUUCAGACAUUCUGAAUCCCUUCCCUCAUCUUUCUUUGGUGAAGAACCAGUCCUCUGGUUCAUAUGACCUACGGAUUGUGAACAUCACUCAAUCUAAUGAGGGACACUAUUACUGUGGAACUGAACAGACAGUUAACACAGUCUCCAAAGAGAGUGUUUACAGAUAUGGCAACAUUACCACAAGAAUUCUGUUGAACACCUAUGAAAAUGUUGAACACCGAGGUGUGUGCUGGACGCUGCUGUUCUCUGUGUGUCCAGCUGUUGCUCUUCUCUCCUCUCUUCUCUCCUCUCUUGUUGUUUACCAGUGCUGUCAGAAAAAAGCUAAAGAACCUCAAGAUGAGGGGGAAAGGCCUGACAGCAGAGGUCAAAUAAGGGAAAAACUGGAUGAAGAUGUGUGUUACACGGCACUGGAGAUCCGUCAAGCACCAAAGAGACCAAAGAAGAAGAAAACCCAGAGCUCUGACUUCAGCACAUAUUCUGCCAUCAGUACUUCUAGAGUGUAAGCAGGCAAUGCAUGUUAACAGCAUAUUUAACAGCAUAAUAGUAAUGAGAAGUAUUCAUAGUAUUCAUUCUGUCAUUAAGCUUCCCCCUGUAAAGCUGAGAUGUAGAGCAAACAGCAAUUAAUAUGUUUGGGGGGAAAAAAUCUUAACACAAAGUUCACUUAUUUGUUUUUACUGGAGCUUUAAACCAUAUCCCAUUGCCUUUGUCAGCAGAUGGAGUUUGGUGUUCAUUCAGUUUCUUUGGACGAGACUAAAUGAACAUCAGAAACAAACAGGUCGGGGGUUAACUCUAGCUAUUGUCAUUUAUUGUUUGUUAAUUGUGAAAGAUAGUUAGUACCACCGUCUAUAUGAAUUUGUUAUUAUUUUCUUUUUGUAGGUCUUCAACAAAAUACAUGGGUCAUGAUUAUUUGCUUCUGCCACAUAAUAAUAGAUUAAAAAUCAAUCAACUGAUCAAAAACCUGAUUUAAAAAACUCUGUUUACUGUUGUUGAUUACAAUUUUGCUUCAGGUUCACUUUGAUUGAUAUCUGUGUAUUAUAUUUUUAUAACUAUGGUGAUGACGGCUUGUCUGUAAGAAGACAUGGUCUUUUUUUUAAUCUU